GCAACAUGGCGGCGCCCAUACCAAUACGGCGCAGUUUUCGCCGCACGCGCACGGGCUGACACCGGUGAUAAGUGAUAAGCGCUGGGAAAUCACUUAAGUUAAAAUACAAAACACUUUUAGAACUGCUAGAUUGGUGCAAAGGCCACAAUGCCGAUCCCUGCUGGAUAUGGGGCCCAGGGGCCAAGCUGUUUUGACAAGAUGAAGAUGGGAUUUGGCAUUGGAUUUUGUGUCGGAAUGGCAAGUGGUGCCCUAUUUGGAGGAUUCUCCGCCCUGAGGUACGGGCUGCGAGGCCGGGAGCUUAUCAACAACGUGGGCAAGGUGAUGCUGCAAGGAGGCGGCACGUUCGGCACCUUCAUGGCGAUAGGCACGGGCAUUCGGUGUUGACCAUGUCGCCCCUUCUUCGCCAUGCUGUCUCGCGAGUGUUUAGUGUGAUACCGGGAAUUCAAAUGGCCACUUGAAAUCCCGUACUGAAUCAUAUGUAUGGUAUCCUCAGCCACCUCAUAUGGUUAUUGCAAUGGGUUGAGCAGGAAACGCUGUUUUGUAGUGUGCAUUGUGUAAUAAAACAACCACAGUAUAUCAACA